AUGAAAGUCAAAGUAGAGAAUUGUAACAUAUCCAUCAUACAAGUCUAUGCACCAACUGAGAAAGCAACUGAUGACGAGAUGAAUCGCUUUUACAAGACACUGGAAAUAGCAACAGCACACUUUAAAACAGAGAUUUUACUGAUAAUCGGUGAUUUCAAUGCCAAAUUAGGUUUCAGGAAAAAUGGCGAAGAAACCAUUAUGGGAGAAUAUGGCUACGGUAAUCGAAAUGAAAAAGGUUGUCGUCUUAUCCAAUAUAUUUGGCAACAAAAACUUAUAGUUGGAAACUCGUUAUUUAAAAAGAAACCGCAAAAUCAAUGGACCUGGAAUUCACCAGGCCAAAAGUACAAAAACCAAAUAGAUUUUAUUCUUUGCAAUAAAAAAUCAAUCCUCAAAGAUGUGUCCGUACUUAAUAACUUUCAAUUCGAAUCAGAUCAUCGGAUAGUACGCGCGGAGUUGUUAAUCAACCAUAAAACUAGGCAACUUCAUAAAACUACAAGAAAAGUAUUAACAAAAUCGAUAAGUACAGAUAUAAUCAAAAGUUAUAAUGCUGAUCUUCAACAACGAUAUAACAUUAUAUCAAGGUUAAAUGAACCUACUCAAAUAGCAUAUAACAAAUUGGAAAAAACUAUAAAAGAAUCUGCAGACAGGUAUAUUCUCACUGCUGUAUCUCAAAAACAGCAAAAACUAUCGAAUGAAACUCUAAAUAUGAUAGCACUUCGUGAUAGUAUUAGAAAAAAGACCAAUCUAAAUGCCCAAGAAAAACAAGAUUUGAAAAAUAUAAGGAAGAACAUCAAAAAACGUUGUCAAGAAGACAUCCAAUAA